AACUCCCAAACACACCAUUAGAUUUCCAAGUAUAAAAUUCUCUAGAAAUAAUUCAGAGAUCUUAAAUUGUGAACCUUUUUCUUCAAAUUAUUUAGGGGUUUCUUCUCCUUUUGAGCGUUCAUUUGGGUUUUCUUGGUUAAAGUUGCAUUCUUGGGCUUCGUCUAGACAUGGGUUUUUCUCCAAUCAGUCAUCUGGGUUCUCCUCUAGCUCAAUCUGAGAGAUUCUGAUGAAGAUUUGAGCUUUAACCGGAAAUGGAUGCAGGUUUGAGAUCUGUCUAAAAAUGUGGCCUUUCCACUUCAUGAUUUAAGCCGUGAUUAAUUUUGAGUUUUGAGCUGCUUCUGGAAAUGGGUUUUCUUCAGAUUCAUCGGUUGUAUUAAUAUUUCAUCUGAACUCUGGGAAUCUAGGCGUAAAUUUGUGAUAUUACGAGAUAUCUCAAAGCUUCGCUCAUGUAUUUUCUGAAGUUCACAGCAACUCUUAUUCUGAUAUUGUGCUUGAGUGGUAUUCGCAAUUGUGAAAAGCCUGAAGUUGUUAACAUCGGUGCUGUUUUAACUUAUGACUCGAUCAUCGGCACAGUUGCAAAGGCAGCGAUUGAAGCUGCUGUUGCUGAUGUCAAUGCAGAUAAAAACAUUCUUGUAGGCACUCGGCUAAACUUGAUCAUGGAGAAUUCUGAUUGCAAUGCCUUUCUUGGAUCGAUUGGAGCUUUGAAGGUUCUCGAGAGGGAUGUGGUUACAAUUAUUGGUCCACAAUCUUCAACAGUUGCUCGUAUAGUUUCACAAAUUUCUAGUGGACUGCAAAUCCCUCUUGUGUCAUUCGCGGCCACUGAUCCCACACUCUCCUCCCUUCAAUAUCCCUUCUUCAUUCGCAUGACACAAAGUGAUUCCUACCAGAUGGCAGCAAUGGCAGAUUUAAUUAAUUACUAUAGUUGGAGACAGGUCAUUGCAAUUUAUGUCGAUGAUGACUAUGGGAGAAAUGGGAUAUCUUUUCUUGAUGAUGAGCUUGCUAAGAAAAAAUCCAAUCUAUACAAAUUUGCGCUGCCAGUUCGAGCUACUCGGAGCUACGUAAUGGAUGUGCUAAGGAAAUCACAAGUAAUUGGACCACGAGUUUAUGUUGUACAUGCUAACCCCGAUUCUGGCCUUGAGAUAUUUUCUGUAGCUCGAGAGCUUCAUAUGAUCACUGAUGGCUAUGUUUGGCUGGCAACAGAUUGGCUAUGUACUGUUGUCGGUAGUUCUAAUUCAUUUAUUAACGAAUCAUUGAGUUACCUUCAAGGAGCAGUAGGCUUUUGUCAACAUGUCGCACAGUCGAGCCAAACCAGUGCUUUUUUGUCUAAAUGGAAGGGAUUACGGGAAAGAGGAGUGGUAACUUCUAAGCUUAAUGCUUAUGGGUUUUAUGCAUAUGAUACAGUUUGGGCUACCGCCUAUGCCAUCGAGAAUUUCCUCAGUGAGUCUGGAAAUGUAACCUUCAGUUCUAAUGAUAAGCUAGUCGAUAUGAAAGGAAAGAUGCGGUUGGACAAGCUGAAAACUUUUGAUGAUGGAAAUCUAUUACUCCAGAAAUUAUUACUUUUAGAUGUUACUGGCUUAAUUGGUCGAAUCCAAUUCGAUGCUGAUCACAAUCUCAAAAGUGGCAUAUAUCAAAUAAUUAACAUUGAUGGUCCCAUGAUGCAGUCGGUGGGUUUCUGGACUAACAAUUCUGAUAUGUCAGUUUAUUUACCAAAAUCUGUAUAUGGAAAUGAAAAGAGAAGUUUAAGAGGUAUCCAACUAUCACAAAAUAUUACCUGGCCUGGUGGGCAUACAAAGACACCCCGUGGUUGGGUUGCUGCAACUAAAGAAAGGCCACUCAGAAUUGUAGUCCCGUAUCGGGUUAGCUUUGAAAAAUUUGUAACAGCACUAAAUGAUAAUCACACGGUAAGGGGAUAUUGCAUUGAUGUAUUUGAAGCGGCAAUUAGAUCAAUUCCUUAUGAUGUUCCACACCAGUUUAUACCUUUUGGAGAUGGCCGUUCCAACCCAAAUUAUUCGGAACUUGUAGAUAUGGUUGCUGACGGGGUCGUUGAUGCUGCCGUUGGGGAUAUUGCAAUUGUGACAGAUAGGAGUAAGCUUGUUGAUUUUACUCAGCCUUAUAUCUCUACUGGCCUUGUGAUAGUGGUACCAGUGGAAAGUGCCAAGUCAAGCGCUUGGGUUUUCCUCAGGCCGUUUUCAGCGUGUAUGUGGGGUGUGAUUGGGGCAUUUUUCUUCUUGAUUGGGAUUGUUAUUUGGGUACUUGAACAUCGAGUGAACAGUGACUUUCGAGGUACCCCGAAGCGGCAGUGCAUGACUAUAUUCUUGUUUAGUUUUUCAACACUUUUCCAGUCACAGCAAGAAGAUACUUUGAGCACGCUUGGGCGUUUUGUAAUGAUGGUAUGGCUUUUUCUAUUGAUGGUGAUAACAUCAAGCUACACAGCAAGCUUGACAUCAUUUCUUACUGUCCAACAACUAUCUUCCCCAAUAAAUGGGAUAGAUAGCUUGAUAGCAAAUAAUGAACCAAUUGGUUAUCAAGAUGGAUCUUUUGCUCGGAGCUAUAUGAUAAAUAGUCUUAACAUUCAUCCCAAAAGGCUUGUUCCCCUUGACUCUUCAGAAGCUUAUGCUAAAGUACUUCAGCUUGGGCCUAAAAAUGGAGGUGUGUCUGCUAUUGUAGAAGAGCUUCCUUAUGUUGAGUUAUUUCUUGAAAACAAGAGUGGAUUUGGCAUUGUUGGGCAGCCAUUCACCCGAAGAGGGUGGGGAUUUGCAUUUCCAAGAGAGUCUCCUCUCGCACUCGACCUGUCAAGCGCUGUCCUGAAUCUUUCAGAGAAUGGAGAACUCCAGAGGAUUCACAAGAAAUGGUUUUGUCAAACAAGCUGCAGUUCUCACACAGCAACAAGCUUAGAUCCUAAUCAGCUCCAAUUCAGCAGCUUUUGGGGACUGUUUCUGGUAUGUGGAGUUGCCGCCAUUUUGGCCCUUCUUCUGUUUCUUCUCAGAGCAAUCAGGCAAUUUAUUCGAUUCAACAAGCAGCAUAGAAAUCCUGUGGAAGUUUCAAGCACAGGCUGUUCGCAUGCCGUGUAUAGGUUUUUUGACUUCAUCGACAAGAAAGAAGAAGCAAUCAAGAACAUGUUUAAGCAGCAGAACGACCCUAUUACUGCCAGCAAUUUGUAGGUACAUAAAUCUGUUUACAAUGGCAUUGUACUUAAAAUUCCAAACGUCAGAACUCUUAUGUAUAUAAGAAUAAGUUUAUGCCAUCAAGAAACUGAUUUAUGUGAUA